ACUGUGGGCCCCACGUGGGCCCGUCUGAAUAGUACGUGGGUCCCACCUGAAUAGGAUGUGGGACCCGCAUGAACAGUGCGUGGGUCCCACAUGGGGCCAGGAAUCGCUCCGAUUCUUAGAGCUUUAGGAUAUGUACUCAAUGUGUGUGGAUGCAUCGGUGCGGUGCCAAACGCAUGGGCUUCCAUUAUCCCGUCCAUAAUUCUUUUAAAUAGAGUAAUAAUGCUUUAUUAGCGAGUAGCCAAGUAUCAAUUCAAUUGCCCUUAUUAAAUACUUAUUUGGGCUUGGAAAAUGUAACGUGUACUUUUCAUGAAAACAAGAUUUGGUGGAACAGCCAAAUAGAAAUUGCAGCUUUACUCUUUAAUGUUUGUUACAGCAGCAUUAAUACAGGGAAUCAGAAACCAAGAAUAUAGAAACUAUUACCCACGAAACCUGUAACAGCGGCCGGAUAUAUAUAUAUAUAUAUAUAUAUAUUUAUAUAUAUAUGGAGCAUAAUAUCCUGGAGCUUAUACUUGACGGGAAGGAGGAGCCGACAUGUGUGCCGUUGCAUAUUCUAGUUGAUAUUACAGCAAAAUUUUCUAACAGGCGAGUAAUUGGUCAUGGUGGUUUUGGAGUGGUUUACAAGGGAUAUCUUCGAAAUGGUAUUGUGGCUGUCAAAAAAUCCUCGAGCAUGCCUGCAACCCAAGAGGAGGAAUUUGAUCGGGAGGUUAAAAACAUGUUGAGAGUUAAGCACGAAAAUAUAAUACGGUUUCUAGGCUAUUGUUCCAAUACAUACAAGAUCUAUAUAGAACAUGAAGGGAAGCUAACUCAAGCCCAUGUAUUAAACACCAUGCUCUGUUUUGAGUUUGCAAGUCAUGGCAACCUAAGAAAGCAUAUUAACGGUGAUGAUUCAGGCCUUGAAUGGCCUACACGGUAUAAAAUAAUUAAAGGAGUUUGUGAAGGUUUGUAUUAUCUUCACAGAAGCCAAAUAAUUCAUAGGGAUCUUAAGCCUGAAAAUAUACUGUUAGAUGAACACUACAACCCAAAAAUUGCGGAUUUUGGUUUAUCAAAAACCCUUGAAGAUGGAGCGUCGAAAGCUAUAACUAAAAGCAAUACCGCAUCUGAAUGGUACAUUGCUCCAGAAUUCAGAAGUGACGGUGUGGAAUCAUACGAGUAUGACAUAUACAGUCUUGGUAUUAUAAUCACUGAGAUUAUCACUGGAUCGAGAGAAAAACCAAAUGUAGAAAAUGUAAGUAGAUAUUGGAUGCAGAGGGUUAGGACAGCACUUUUAUAUCAAGUGGAGACAUGUACAAAAAUUGCAGUGCGAUGUGUGAAUCCACAAAGAAAGGGGAGACCGAAGAUAAAGGAUAUUGUAGAAGACCUGAAUAAAAUGGAAACUCAAAUGUUGAGCCAGGGUCUCGAUGCCAUAGCUUUAAACUCGAGUGGAAAGUUAAGCUCCCUCCAUGUUCCAGAGAGGGGGCCACUAGAUGUAGUCAUUGUGUACGCAUUUGACUGCUCCGACUCGACCUCGGCCUGGUACACUGUGGAUGAUGGAGUCUUUUGGAUGGUGCAAGAGAAGCUCACCCACUUUGUCGACAGCUGCCUUGGUUACAUCUACGUCAUGCUGACCAGUAACACAUACACGUGUGACAUGAAACCAGUUGACUCAGGUGAGACAAAGGCAACUGGCUACACGAGCUUCGCCAGGAACAGGACGACCUGCAAGAAAGACAUGGCUUCCGGCCUUGCCGAGGCGCAUAAAAUGAUUGGCUACCGGGGUUCGUACCAAAACGGCAUCAUCUUAUUCUUCUCGGAUGGGCUGAUAAACAAGGGAGACUUCUUUGAUGGAACUGAGAAUUUCACCUCCAAAGUGCCUGUGCACACGUUUACUCUCGGUGGGGAUGCAAAUAACCAGUGUCUCCUUGAAAUUGCUGCAAAUUCGCCGGGAGGGAAGUUUCACACGGCCCCUGUGCCAGACAGACCGAAUCUGUCACCAACUUUCUCAAGGCUACUUGAUAGCAUCCUUGGCGGCACCACGAUGGUCGACGACGCAAAGCCUCCUAAACCCAGUUCAUCAGCACGGGGGCCAUUGGACGUGGUGAUUGUGUACGCCUUUGACUGCACAAACUCUACCCCAGCCUGGUACACGGUUGAUGGCGGGGUGUUUUGGUUGGUGCAAGAGAAGCUUACCCAGUAUGCUGACAGCUGCCUCGGUUACAUCUACGUCAUGUCGACCCCUAACACGUACACAUGCGACAUGAAACCAGUUGACUCAGCAGAAACUAAGGCAACCGGAUACAAAUCGUUUGCAAGACGCAGGAUGACGUGCACGAAAUAUAUGGCAUCCGGUCUCGUUGAAGCGCAUAAAAUGAUUGGCAACCGUGGGUCGUACCAAAACGGCAUCAUCUUGUUCUUCUCUGAUGGUUUGAUAAACACGGGAGACUUCUUUGACGGAACUGAGAGCUUCAUCUCCAAAGUGCCUGUGCACACAUUCACUCUUGGCGGCGACGCAUAUAACCAUGGUCUCCAAGCCAUUGCCGCAAAUUCACCGGGUGGGACAUUCAAUCCCGUUCCCAUUCCGGAGAUACCACAGCUGUCGGCGCCCUUCAAGAAACUAUUGGACGGCCUCCUCAGAGGCGCCAUGAGGGACUGAAUUUGUUUGACAGCUUGCAUUGCUUGGGUCAUUUCCUAUAAAUUUGAGUCAAAGUUUUGGACAAAGUUUGAGUCAAACAUUGGGAAUAUAAAUUAUAAAUAAAUUUUAAGUUAUUGAGUUUGAAAAGUGAAAA